UUCUAUAUUUAGGUGUCCCGUGACUGCCUCCUCCAAGACUGUCAAGACUCUCAGCUGAUCAUCAACUUUCAGGGAGGAUUUGAAUAAGUUCAAAGAUGACGGAGACAGAGAAAUCGCCCUUAUUGGGCUCCCGAACGGAAGACGAAGAUGAGGAGGUGGAAUUGUCGAAAUGUGGCGCUACACUAUGUUGCGAUCCCAGGAGAUUUCUACACAGAUACCUGGUUUUGAUAGUGAUGUGCUUCCUUAGUUUUGGAAGCUACUUCUGCUAUGACAACCCAGCUGCUCUGCAAGACAACAUGUUGAAGGACCUAGACAUCUCUGAGAGUCAGUUCAUGUCCUUCUAUUCCUGGUACUCAUGGCCAAACGUCAUCCUCUGUUUCUUCGGUGGAUUCCUCAUCGACAAGUUGUUGGGCGUCCGUCUUGGUGCCAUCGUGUUCAGUAUGUUUGUGACAACUGGACAGGUGAUCUUUGCUUUGGGGUCUGUGUUUAACCUGUAUUGGUUAAUGUGUGCUGGAAGAUUUGUGUUUGGGUAGGGAGGAGAGUCUCUAGCUGUGGCACAGAACACAUACGCUGUCAAGUGGUUCAAGGGGAGAGAACUCAACAUGGUGUUCGGUCUGCAGCUCAGCUUUUCAAGAGUGGGCAGCACUGUCAACAUGAAUGUGAUGCAGCCUGUGUACAACUUUAUUGGAAAGUGGUAUCAGGGAUUCAAGUGUCUAGGAGUGUCUCUGUUUGUAGGUGCUGGCACGUGUGUAUUCUCUCUUAUCUGUGCAUUUACCCUGGCCUUCUUCGACAAGAGGAACGACAAAGUCCUGAAGAAACAGGCUGCAGCCUCUGACGAAGUUGUUCGCUUGACCGACGUCCGCUACUUCCCCCUCACCAUGUGGCUCAUCUGCAUCAUCUGCGUUGCCUACUACGUUGCCGUCUUCCCAUUUGUUGGCCUGGGGCUUGUUUUCUUUGAAAUGAAGUAUGACUACUCCCCAUUCCUCGCCAACAACGUCAACAGCUUGGUGUACAUCAUCUCCGCAGUUGCCUCCCCUUUGUUUGGUUUCCUGAUUGACAAGAGUGGGAAGAAUAUCUUCUGGGUGAUGGCUGGUGUCCUUGUCACCCUGGGAUGCCACGCCAUGCUGGCCUUCACCUUCAUCAACCCUUAUGUUGCCAUGUCCACCAUGGGUCUGGCCUACUCGGUCCUGGCCAGUGCUCUGCCGAUGGUGUCCAUGGUCAUCCCUCAGCACCAGCUUGGGACGGCAUACGGAAUAAUGCAAGCUGUACAGAACCUUGGUCUAGCCGUCAUAUCGCUGGUUGCUGGGAUAAUCGUGGACUCCAAAGGCUACCUUAUCUUGGAGGUGUUCUUCAUGGCCUGGCUAUGCAUGGCGCUGAUUGCUGCAGUCUUUCUGUACCUGGUAGAUGCUACAAGAGGUGGUAAGCUGAAUAUGUCUGCCAAGAAGCGACACCAAGAAGCAGAUGCUCUCAAGGAGAAGGAAGAAGAAAAGAAACCCCUGAACUAAGCCAGCCCAGCACAUGCAGCCAUUACAGUAUUAUACAGAAAAUGCAAAUGUUGACAUCAAACUUAAGAUGAUGGGCAGCUGGAAGGAAAAAACACACGUUUUGAGUUGUGUUAUCAAGCUGUGCGAGGAAAAUCAGGAGUGGAAAUAACCCAUUGCCCGACGUCCGAGUCCAGUGUUUUUUUCUGUUGGGCAAGCAAAUUUGUAUAUCACACUGUACUGGUGUCCAGUUGA